AUGCCGGAGCUAUGGGCCGUCGUCGGCACCCGAGCCUCCUUGCCUUGCAACCUGUCGGAACCUGAAGACUCAGUGACUCUCAUUAUGUGGUACAAGGGUGAAGUCAAGUCCCCCAUCUACACCCUGGAUGCUAGGAAAGGGACGUUAGAAAACGCCCGUCAUUUUCCAUCGACGGAACUCGGAGUGAGGGCAAAUUUUGAUUUGAAGGCUCAACCCCCAACCCUUGAUCUCAACCCUGUUCACGCGGAGGAUGAUGGUGUCUAUAAAUGUCGUACAGAGUUUAAGCGAUCGAGAACCUUGACGCAGUUGGUCAGACUGAAUGUUAUUGAGUCUCUGCUCAAUUUAGAACGCAGCAAGUGGGAGCAAAAUAAAUAGCAUAGCGCCAAAUGAAAUAAACAAACAAUACGUUAAAAAGUUCUUUUCCCCAAGUUUUAGGUUCUUUAGAAAACAAGUUGCUUACCCUUUUUCUGUUUUCUUGCACAGUAACCUUGGGCAGAAAGACAGGAUAGAACAGAAAUGGAGGAAAAAAUAAUAAUAGAACAAAUAAGGUUAUCAAAAGAGUGAAAAGAAUAUCGGAUGGUGAUCUUCUAGUACCAAAGCAAUAUAUGAAAAAGCACUACGUUCUCAAUAAACAGAUCCGUCCUUAUCCACUUCUGGACGAAAGGAUUACUGGAUGGAUUUUCGUUGGCAAAUGGUCCGGACAUUGCAGAUAUAGUUUACUUUAGCGUUUUACUCAUGUGUAUCUCGACAUGUGUGAAAGUUUUCACGGAUAACUAAAUUCUUUUCACUGGAACCUCAACUGCAAGCUUUGCAGAUGUAUUUAAAUAUAUUCUGGAAAUUUUUCUUUUUGGCUCGAUCUAAAGUUUUCUCUUUUCACUUUUUUUCUUACAAAGUUGUG